AGCAUAGCCAAGCCAAGAUCAUUACAUUCCUGUCUCUGGUUCUCUCCAUGAACUCUUUCUCUCUCUAUAAGCAGAAAGCUAAAAGCACUCUCUCUCGUGACUUUUCUUUGUUUUCACUCAUUCCCUAAAUUAUCGGCAUCAUUUUAGGACCUCCCCAUUGAUCAGCAACAUCUGCCUUUACUUAAACCCUCUCCUUUCACUCGUCCCUCUUCUUCUUCUUCUUCUUCCUCUUCUAUGAUCCUUCAGUUUCAUUCAGUGACAUAACUUCAUCAAGCUAUAAUCUUCAAUUGAUUGCUUUGUUUUAUAUCACAGCAAGAUAUACUUUCUGGAGGAUUGGGAGAUGGAGGAACUCGUCUUGAUCCAUUUUGUGUAGGCAUUGAUGUGAAAUUGGUGAAUAUUGAAUUUGCUUGAUAGUGGAUCAGUGAUGGAGGAAAGGAAGUUGAAUUUAAAUGUGCCACUUUUAUCAGUUAGGAGGUCUUCCACUCCAACAUUUAGGAAAUCUUCUACUCCAACAUCAUCUUCAAAUGGAGCAAACGGGAAAAAACCCGAAAACUCCCACCUCAAUAGACGCCAUACUCUUCCUUGUCAUAAAUCGGAUUUCAAUUUAGAGCAAGUGACAGAACCAGUUGCGGUUCCUUUUCAUUGGGAACAGAUCCCUGGAAGGCCCAAGGAUGGUAGCUUGCCUGAUCCUCGGAGCCGAAAGGAGGCAUCUGUUACUACAAGGUCUCCUUCUCAGAGGAUGUUAGAUGUUAUAAAGAACCUGAAGGGAAAAAAAACUGAAGAUCAAGACGUGUUUAUGCCUCAAAAUGAAGGAAAAACUUCCAGGAAUAUCGCUGUGAGUAGAUUGGAUUACUUGAAGGAGGGAGUGAAUGAGAAAACAGGCUUCAAUUCAGACAAUGAUGACGAUGAUGAUGUUUACUCUGAUGCACUAGAAACAUUAUCUCCUACUGAUUCAUUCUCCGUGAACUGUAGUGUAAGUGGUGUGAGUGGGUUUGAUAAUCAGAUUGUGAAGCGAUCAGGAACUUUCUCCGCUGAUCUGCAAACCCGAGAUUUCAUGAUGAGCCGCUUCUUGCCUGCUGCCAAGGCAAUGACAUUGGAGACACCUCAUUAUGCUUCAAAAAAGCAACCUGUAUCGGGUGAACAACCUAGGCAGAUUAUCAAGGUUGUUCAUCCAGGUAGGGCAGCUCCUGUUAAUCGAAAUGAAUCUUUAAAAGCCCUACCUUACCACCAGGAUAUUGAAGAUGAAGAAAGUGAAGAUGAAUGUGAUGAUUGUGCUGAUUCUAGCAGUAUAGCAACCAAAGGUUGUGGUCUGCUUCCUCGGUUAUGCGUAAAGAAUUCUUUGUGCCUCUUAAAUCCUGUUCCUGCAAUGAAACUUAGGACUCUGGCAUCAAUGUCUUCCGCCCGUGAUGAGAUCAAAAAACUAAGCAAAGCAGCUUAUUCCAGGUCUCAGAGUCCAACUGUAAAGAAGCCUGCCAAGGAUCCUGUCAAUAAACAAAAACAAGCAAACGAAGUUCGAUCGCCUAGGCUGGUAGGCAUUGAGAACAAGCUAAGUUGUGGAUCCAAUCGGUUCUCAUAUGCAAGUGACCGGCAAAUGAUCAGUCGGACGUCUCCUUUUAGGCGUUCAGGAGUCAUAUCUCCUUACCGCAAUCAAGUGCCUCAGUCACCCUCCGGUGGUGGGGGUUUUUUGGGCGCUCCUAAAGAACUCGAGGAUUUGAAAGCUAAUAAAGUGAAUUUGUUUAGGAAAGGCUUUAAAUCUCAGGAACUAGUAUCUUAUCAUGGGAUUAGACGAGGAUCUUGCCCCGUAACGCCCCCUGUUGAGAAGACAUUAUAUGUAGAUACUGUAAAUGUGGCUGGAUUAUUAUGUUCAAAUUCUGGCUCCUCUGAUGUCAAGAAGGGUUUUGUGGACUCUCCAGAGAAGGAUCUUAAAUCUCUGGUAAAUAGCAGAGAAAUUCAAAAAACUGCUGCGCCAGAAUCUUUCUCAGAAGAUGUGAAACCCCUGAAUUUCCCAGGUGGAAUGGGUAAACUGGAACAUAAGUGCUUGAAGUCUGGUGAAGCUGAUUUAAAUCUUCUCUCAGACAAGUCACCUCACAAAGGCGAAACAGACAGGUUUGAGGACUUAUCUCAGGAAUCAAAGGCCUUGGUGUGUGUAAGUACCACCUCAGAAGGAAACCUAAAUGUUGAUAGCGAUCAGAUAUCAAGCAUUGAUUCAGAAAAUGCAAAAAACAGUUUAGUGCAGACUCCUCUUCCCCCACUUCUACCAAAAACUCCUUCUGAAUCUUGGCUUUGGCGUACCCUGCCUUCUGUUUCCUCGCAAAAUUUGUCAUCACAUUUACACCGAGGCACCACUUUCCAGAGCAAGCGGCAGGAUCCCAAAACAUCCUCUAUCAGUUCCAAAUGGGAGAAUAUUGUAAAAUCAUCAUAUUUGCACAAGGAUCAUGUACGAUAUUCUGAGGAACUAUUUCCUCAUGCUUCUCAGCAAUCUAAAAGUUAAGAGAUUUGAAGGGCUUUUCUACAUUAUCCAGCAUCAUUGUUUUGUGGAUUUUUCUAUGACAUGCUCGAUCGUGGAAAUCUUCAAGCCCCCUUUUUUUUUUCCUGGGGAGAUGAUCCUUAUGUUGCUCAUUCUUUUGCAAUUGUGCUUGUUUCUUGUUUUAAGUUUUGUAAAUUUUGCAUUGCCUUGAUAUUUGCAACGAUACAGGACUGAGGCAAUGGGAAAUUGGGAAUAUUACACAUUUACACCAUUAAAUUACAUGCAAUGUCUGUUAACGUUUUCAGAAUCAA